UACAGGUUUGGUUCUCGUUGUCGAUUCGCUGGUUAUCUCUUUCAUACAUCUGCCCUCUUCACCCACACUCCACAGCGAUGGGAACCAGAUGGCAUUAGUCGAUUACGGUUCGUCCUCGGAUGAUGAGGAAGGACAUGCUCUUCAGAAAUCGGCCAGUCCUUCCAAAAAGCAAAAGAAACUACCCAGCUUGCCUUUAACUUUUGACACCGCCCCCAAGGAUGACCCAUCACUGCAUCAAGGCCGCAAGCGUUCCCGCCCAUACGUUGAUGGAGAAUACAACACUCAUGUCUAUCUUUCGUUGUCUAUCCCAUUAAGGCUUUCAAAAAUCCUGGAAACAAUCAUUGCCAAGUUACCACCUUCUCCGAACCCUAUACACGCUCUUCUUCCCAGCUUACAUAUCUCGCUCACUCGUCCAGUGCCUCUUCGACGCCAUCAGAUUCAACCAUUUAAGGAUGAACUCGCCAGUCGAUUAGGGCAAAUAUGUACCUUCAAGUUAAGUUUGACAGGCUCAGUCAAAGCGUACUACAAUGAAGUUACCGGCGGUGGAUCUAACAGAGUUUUCCUGGCGUUGAGGGUGGGUGCGGGUGUGAGUGAGCUGAAAAAAAUAGUAGAUGUCGUGCUUGACCCCACUUUGAAGAAAAUUCAUCUGCCGACAUAUCACGACAACCCAGAAUUCCACACUUCAUUCGCCUGGACACUUUUCUCUACCAAGACAAAUGACCAGGAUACUUCGCGAGGCAAUCUUUCGGCUUUCGGUGACCGAUCAGAAGAAACUCCAGGGUUGCCAUUCGGCGAAGAAGACCUGGAUAGGGUUAACUCAAUAUUCGAAUCAGAAGUUCUCAAGGCUCAGCCCGCUGGGGGUUGGACUAUAUCGUCAGUGGAAGUAAAGGUAGCCAAGGAAAUCGCCACAAUCCCCCUUAAGCUAGCAUGAUGAUACAUAGAAUUACAGUUAAAUUCUAAAUCCAUGACCUCCGUUGAUGGGUACAGGCACAGGCUUGAACCGCUUCAGCACCUCUACUUCCCAUUCUUUCCACCCUCCUUCCCACCUUCUCUGCUUGAUAGCCUCAGGAUUAUAGACUUGAU